AUGGUAUAUUUUAAAAUUCAUGAUGUGGUCACACUGUCUAGAGUUGCAGCUCAAGAAAUAAACAAUUUUAAUGAAACAGUAGGAAACCUUUGAUUUGUGAUGCUCUUUUAUUCAUUCUUUAAAUCCCUCGUGGGCAAGGAAGUCGUGGUUGAGUUGAAAAAUGACCUCAGCAUUUGCGGCACGCUGCACUCGGUGGACCAGUAUCUCAACAUUAAGCUGACAGACAUCAGUGUCACAGAUCCAGACAAAUAUCCGCAUAUGCUGAGCGUCAAGAACUGCUUCAUUCGCGGCUCUGUGGUGAGAUAUGUGCAGCUGCCCGGCGACGAGGUGGAUACGCAACUACUGCAAGAUGCGGCGCGCAAGGAAGCCGUGGUGAGCACGAGAUAGUGAUGAAGUUGGAUGAAGUGAUGAAAUGGACUCCUCGUCAACGCAUUUUUAAUGUAAUUUAAGCCGAAUUCCAAAACGUACGUUCAAGAAAUAAUGUUUAUACUUAGCAAUGUAGUAGUACAAUGUGUAAACUACGUCUAAGUGAACCAAUCUGUUAAAGCCAGCCAAGAAAAUUCGAUUGAAAAGAUGAAAAUCAAA